AUGUCCGGCUUGAACAUAACUCACGUAAUUUUUGACGUUGACGGUGUUCUUUUGGACACCGAACACUUGUACACGGAAAUGCUGCAAUCAUUUGCUUCUGAAUUCAGAAAAACUUUUACAAUUAACAUCAAAUUGAAACAGAUGGGUCGGAGCAAUGUGGAAGCUGCGCAGAUUUUCAUCAAAGAAUUAGAAAUUCCAAUAACAACAGAUGAGUAUAUUCAAAAAAUGGCAUGCUUGCAAAAAGAGUACUUUCCAAAUGUCAAGCUUAUUCCUGGUGUCGAGAGAAUUGUUGAACACCUGCACAAAAACAACAUCCCAAUGGCCAUCGCAACAGGAUCUUGUCAAGAAUCCUUUGACACUAAAACCUCUAAACAUAAAAACUUUUUCAAUAAGUACUUUAGCCAUGUUGUGUUAGGAUCAGACCCUGAUUUAUUGUAUGGGAAGCCAGCACCAGACAUUUAUAUAAAAGCUGCAAAAAUGUUUGUUAAACCUCCUAAAAAUCCAGAAAAUGUGUUGAUUUUUGAAGAUGCCAUUAAUGGAGUUCAAGCAGGAGUUGCAGCUAAUAUGAACGUUGUUUGGAUUCCUGAUCUUGCUAUAACACCGGCUGAUAAAAUAGAUAUUAAGCAGGGUUCAAUCUUUCAGUUAAAUUCGUUAAAUGAUUUCAAGCCAGAAUUGUUUGGUUUACCUGUCUAUUAA